AUGGAUUUUACCGAUAAAGUUGUACUAAUUACUGGAGCCAGUUCAGGGCUAGGUGCUUCUAUUGCUAUUCAUCUAUCAAAAUUAUCCGCAAAGUUAGUGCUAGUUGGAAGAAAAGAGAUCAAUUUAAAAAAGAUUGCGCAAUACUGUGAAAAACCAAAAGGAAUAAAACCACAUACUAUUGUAGCUGAUGUAUCAGAUGAAGGUAAUUUAGAAAGAAUCUUAAAUGAAACAAUUGAGGAAUUCGGCAAAUUAGAUGUCUUAGUGAACAAUGCCGGAGUUUUAGCCAUGGGAGGAAUUAAGAAAACAGACAUGGAAAGUUUUGACAGAGUUAUGUCUAUUAACACUCGUGCUGUGUUUCAGCUAACUAUGCUGGCUACACCGCAUUUAAUUGCUAGUAAAGGAUGCAUUAUUAACAUGUCUAGUAUUGUAAGUACCAGGCCGAAUACAAUAAUGCUUGCAUACAAUAUGUCUAAGGCAGCCAUAGAUCAAUUCACAAAAUGUGUUGCUUUAGAAUUAGCACCAGAUGGGGUAAGGGUUAACUCUGUCAACCCUGGCUUUGUUAAGACAAAUCUUAUAAAAGAUAGUGGUCUGACAGAAGAUCAAGUUGAUAUGGUUUCUAAGAAUAUGGCACAGAGUAACCCCCUGAAAAAAAUAGUUGAGGCUGACGAAGUAGCAGCAUUAGUGGCAUUUCUUGCAAGCGAUCAAGCUAAGAGCAUCACGGGAUGUUGUUAUCCAAUAGAUAGUGGAAAAUUGUUAGUGUAG